CGUGGUAGUGGUGUCGUGUCAAGGGCACAGCUCCUGUUCGGCGCUAGAACUCCGCCCGCGAUCACCGACGAUCUGGGGCUCGGGUUCGCUUUUAUGAGUUCCACGAUGACCCACUGGGAUUCUGUAAGUCGGCUAUAUGCUUCUGGCAUUGUGUUUGGAAAAAAAUCGCAUUCGCAGGGCGUCGUUCCAGAGCAAAACAGCUGAUCUCUCUUCCAGCGAUGUCUCAACUUUGCAGGGCGACCUUUCGAGCCUGCAGCCGACCAUGGCGGUCGGCGCGCAAUCGGGCGUUCUCGAGCACUUCCGCACAGCGGAUAAUGGAGACCACAGGGUUCACUGAGAACCAAUUGAUGGUUCGAGAGUCAAUCAGCCAGAUAUGCGCAAAGUUCCCAAACACAUAUUGGCAAGAACAUGACCAGGACGGGACCGACCCUAAAGAUUUCCAUGCGGCGCUUGCAGCUGAUGGCUGGCUCGGUGUUGCGCUGCCAGAAGCUUACGGGGGCGCUGGCCUGGGAAUCUCAGAGGCCACCAUCAUGAUGCAGACAAUAGCCGAAUCUGGCGCCGGCAUGGCAGGAGCGCAGGCGAUUCACGCAAACGUGUACGCAACCCAGCCAUUGGCCAAAUUCGGGACGAAGGAGCAGCUCGAAGAGACAAUACCCAAGAUCAUUUCUGGAGAAUGGCGAACAUGUUUUGGCGUCACAGAGCCGAAUGCCGGACUCAACACUCUUGCACUCGCGACUGCAGCGAAGAAGCAAGACGACAACACGUAUUCAAUCACUGGUCAGAAGAUCUGGAUCACCUGCGCCCAGGUCGCAUCCAAGAUGAUUCUACUCGCACGCACACAGGCCGCUGAUGAGGCACCGAAGCCCAGUCAGGCGCUCUCCUUGUUCUGCAUCGACGUGGAUAAAAGCGACCCCGGCCUUGACGUCAAGCGAAUCAAGAAAAUGGGAGGUCGUGCAGUUGACGCAAACGAAGUCUUCUUCGACAAUUACCGCGUACCUGCCAGCACCCUAGUAGGCAAAGAGGGGCAGGGGUUUAAAAUCAUUUUGGAUGGUAUGAACGCUGAAAGGUGUUUGCUUGCUGGCGAGGCACUGGGACUGGGGUAUGCAGCGCUGGCAAAGGCCGCCGGCUAUGCUCGCGAGCGCAAGGUCUUCAACAGGCCGAUUGGUAUGAACCAGGGCGUCGCACACCCGCUGGCCGAUGCAUACAUGAAUCUCGAGGCAGCGAAGCUGGCAACAUAUCAUGCUGCUCGCCUGUACGAUGCAAGUACAACAGACACCUCCAUUCGCCAGGACGCUGUCGGCAUUGCAGCAAACAGCGCAAAGUACCUGGCAGCAGAAGCGGCUUUCAAAGCAUGCGAGAGAGCGAUUCUGGCCCACGGCGGCAUGGGCUACGCGGCUGAGUAUGAUGUCGAGCGAUGGUUUAGGGAAUGCAUGGUGCCACGCAUUGCACCCGUCAGUCGAGAGAUGAUCUUGAACUACAUUGGUGAGAAGGUUUUAGAUCUGCCGCGUAGCUACUAAGUAAUAGUACGUUGAAGGUUAUUGGAGUCCCGCAUUUGAUUCAGGUUUUGCAGAUGCAUUCGAGUCGGAAUGAUUGUCGUGAAUGUGCGGUGUGGGCAAGACGGUUUUAUGCGUCAACAUGCUUUGCCAGUGAAUUAGAAAGCAGCCCGUU